UGGCUUCCUGUAGGUGUUCCGUUAAAUCCACGGCAGAAGUCAUGUCGCCAUGCGUCGCCACGCGCCGGGCCGUGUGCUCAGCCGAAAGUGGAGCAUCGACCGCAGCUACUCCCCGCAGUGCGGUCGACCCUUCAAAGAUGCAGGAAUUACGCAGUUCCUACAGGAAGAGCCACAGGGCUUCACGGCAGCCCUCAAGAGGUCCCUCUUCGACUUCCAGGUCCAUGAAAUCGAUCUGCAGGGAGAAGAGAUUCAUCUUGGAGCCAUGGGACCACCUCCGACGUCCCCGGACGUUUGCGACAAAUGGUACUUGCACUUCCGGCUCUACAAAGAAGGCAUGGACACCCUGGAAGCCACGUCACGGCUGUGUCGCUUCCUUGGGCGGCCCCCCCAAAACUUCCGCUUCGCAGGGCACAAGGAUCGCUGUGCGGUGACGGUGCAGCAGUUGAGCUGCACCAGCCUAGAGCCCGCGAAAUUGCUUGGGGUGUUGGAACAUCAGGAUUGGGAUCAUCGCCUUGCUUUCUCCCAUUUGGAGAUCAAACAAAACUAUUUGAACUUGGGCGAUUUGUCGGGCAAUCGCUUCAAUGUAGUGAUGAGACAGGUUCCAAUGAAGGAACCCGGUGCUGGUGGAACAACGGCCUCCGACCUGGUGGAGCGCCGCUGCGAGUCGCUGAAAGCUCGAGGCUUCCUGAACUAUUUCGGCCCUCAAAGGUUCGGAUCGCAGUUGAUUCGAUCGGACCAGAUUGGUGCCGCCCUCUUAGAGCACGACUUUUCGCGGGCACUCCGCCUCAUCCUGGGCGAUGUGCAGAUCAUGGCGCCGGCUCCAGCGCCUCUGGGCGAACUGCUGUGGGAUCAGGCCGCCAAGGAGGCGCAGGAUCAAGUCCUGACCCACUGGAGAAGCGGUUCCGUUGCGGAGGCCGCCGAGAAAGCCCUGCCGCUGAUGCCGAAGCGAUACAACCUGGAACGAGGCGUUCUAAAGAGCUUGGCCCAGGGCUUGAACGCCGAAGAAACGUUGCAGAAGCUGCCGCGGCACCUGCUGAUGCUUUACGUGAAGGCGGCACAAAGUCGCAUCUUCAACGAGGUGCUUUCCCGGCGCGUGGCGCGCCAUGGAGUUACACCGCAGCUGGGUGAUAUGGCCAAAGCGCGAAGUGGCAAGCUGGUCCAUUUGGACGAAGAGACGCUUCCAAUGGCCAUGGAUGGUAAACUG